AAAAGUAGGCAUCUACGUUUGGAUCACCACAAUGAACCGAAAGUAAACACUUCAUGUGAAUGCGGUAUAGCUUCAAAGAACCGUAGGAUUGUCGGAGGCAGCACCGUCCAGCCACAUGAGUACCCUUGGCUGGUGUCGCUCAUGCUGGGUCAGAAGCUGCACUGCGGGGGCGCCAUCAUCACCGACCAACAUGUCCUGACAGCCGGACAUUGUAUAACUUUUGGGGUACAUUUCCACGAUUUGACUGUAAACAUUGGUAUGCACGAUCGGUUAGAUACUAACGAAUACUCAGUGCUGAACGUAAUCAACGGCGUCAAACAUCCAAAGUUUACUUCUAAUGCUGUGAGAGAUAUAAAUGAUAUCGCCGUGUUGACUUUAAGUCAGAAAAUCAAAUUUUCCGACAGGGUAAUGCCUAUAUGCUUACCAGAUGAAGACAUGGAUUUCAAGAAAGUUCCAUUGACAGUCGCUGGAUGGGGCAAGACGAGGCAGGGUGCAUUGACAUCCUCUAGAUACCUUCUGGAGACCAAAGUAACCUUGGUGGAUUUCAAAAAGUGUUCAAAGUCGAACAUAUACAGGGACAACCUUGUUCGAGACACCAUGAUGUGUGCCUACAGUCUCGGAAAAGACGCAUGUCAGGGCGAUAGUGGUGGUCCGCUCUUUGCUACACAUGAUAAAACCAAUAACAAGAAAUGGUAUCAAGUGGGAAUCGUAUCAUGGGGAAUAGAUUGUGCGAAACCCGACUAUCCAGAAUGUGGAAGACAAAAAGACAUUCUAGUGUCACAGAGGAUUGUCGGCGGGCGGAGGGCUCAGCCGCAUUCGUUCCCCUGGGCUAUAGCUAUCCUGAAGAAUGAAAAGAUGCAUUGCGGAGGAGCGCUCAUCACGAACAGACAUAUCCUCAGUGCUGGACAUUGCUUUAAAUGGGACGAUUCCCGAUUAAUGAAAGUCCUAAUAGGCCUGGACGACUUGGACAAACUAGACAACGUAACCACUAGAUCCAUAUCGAAGGUGGUGAUCCAUGAGAAGUUCACUUCGACUGCGGUCAGGGACGAGAAUGACAUAGCCAUCGCGACGCUAAACGAAUCGGUCGUGUUUUCCCCCUUAAUUAUUCCUGUCUGCCUACCAAAUAUAGAUGAAGACUUCGGUGAUUGGGCAGGCAUCAUAGUAGGCUGGGGGCGUGUGGGUGUUGAGAAGGCAUCUUCAAGGACACUAUUGAUGGCAAGCCUUCGAAUAUUGUCAGACGAAAAAUGUGUCAAGUCAGAAUUGGCGCAGCAUCUGAAGCCGACCAUGAUGUGCGCUUUUUCCAAAGGGAAAGACGGGUGCCAGGGAGACAGUGGUGGGCCAUUACUUGUAUUGCGGCCAGACGGAAGAUACUUACAAGCUGGAAUAAUAUCGUGGGGUAUUGGUUGUGCUGAUCCGCGAUAUCCUGGUGUAUACACAAAAGUGAGCAAUUACAUCAGCUGGAUUCAUCAACAUACGAGCGACGGGGUCUCUUGUCCAUAGAUAAUAUUAAAAAUAAUUAA